AUGUCUUCCGAUGAAAUUGCGGAGGAUUACAAGAGUUCCCUGGAGGAUCUAACCACCAAUGAUGGAAUUCAGAUUCGCACCCUGACCGUCAUUGCCAAGGAGAAUACCGAACACGCAAUGGCCAUCUCACGAGUGUUGGAGAACCACAUUCGAUCAACACCGCCCCCGCAGAAGCUUCCAGCCCUGUAUGUAGCCGAUUCCAUCGUCAAGAACGUUGGGAGCCCCUACACACUCUUCUUGGGUCGGAAUAUGUAUCAGACCUUCAUGAAUGUCUAUACGCUGGUGGACGGCAAUACCCGAAGGAAGCUGGAUGAGAUGCUCAACACAUGGAAGCAACCGGCCCCAGGCUCCUUAGAUACACGCCCCGUCUUUCCUCCGGACAUCACGCGCAACAUUGAAAGUGCUCUCAUCAAAGCACGCACUGCAGCUUUGCAACAACAACAAGCCAGAGCCCAGCCGGACAUCCUUGGCCGCAAUCGUGGGAAUGUAACUCCAACUGGAUGGACUAACAGCCCUACACCACCCCAGAGCAUGCCUCGGCAUCUACAGCACCCCCAAUAUUCUCAUUCUCACAAUAGCCAUUCCACCCCAACAUCUUCCGUGUCUCAUCAACAAGAUAUUGAUUUGAAUUACCUCAACCGAGAUGUGGAUGCUUUGAUCGCUUCUGCGAAGAAUGACUUUGCUAAUAGCCCCUUCAACCCCGUGUCUCAACAACGUCUAAAGGCACUGGUGGACCUCCAGGCCAUUCUACAGAAGCAGCAGCUUGCCCCAGAGCAAUUAAAACUUGUUCGCGACCAGGUGUCCGCCCUUGCUGCCACGAGACCGGCGUCAGCUGCUCCUCACGUCUCUUCGAAUGGCUUGGCAAUAUCCGCUCCUCCCCAAACCUCUACCCCUUCAGCGCAACCAGUCUCACAACCACUUCAGCAACUCCUAAACCCUAGCACUCUCGCCGAGCUGAUCAAAGCUACUGCUUCGCGUCAGCAUUCAACUCCACCACCUCAAAUCCCAGCUUCACUGUCUCAAAUGCCCCAGUUUCCUCAGCCAAGUAACACCCCACAGCCAGGGCCUCCAGAGAACCCUCUUAUUGCGGCAUUGAGGGCACGUGGGCUUCUACCUGGUGGACCAUCACCCUCAUCUCUUACUGCUUCGGCUUCGACAGCAGUUCCUAUAAGAACUAAUCUACCGUUCAUCUUGCCCAAUGGCAUGCAACCCACACCGCCGGCUCCAUCCCAAACUCCAAUCCCCUCUGAUGGAUCAUCCGGAGUUCCGGCAACUACUGCGUCGAUGAAAAUCCCUCGAUUUGGACUGAUUAUCUCCCUCUAUGAUUCCCGGCCAAACCGGUGUGGGACUUGCGGCCGUCGAUUCCUAACCACAGAAGAAGGCAAGGAAAUGAAGGCACGGCACCUGGACUGGCAUUUCAAGACUAAUCAGCGUAUGACGGAGUCUUCCAGGCGGGCUCAAAAUCGGAGCUGGUAUGUCGACGAAAGGGACUGGAUCAAAUCUCGAGAGGCUAGCGACGAGAACGGGGCGGCAGAUCCUCAAACAAACGCGGAGGGAGCCGUAGGUACUGAUGGCAAUGCGAAGCAAGAGCCACCAAGGCCGUGGAUUCGAGCUCCGAACGAUGCGACUCUCCGCAACACCCCUUGCCCCAUCUGCCAGGAGAAGUUCGAAUCGACCUGGUCCGAGGAUGUGCAGGACUGGAUCUGGCAAGACGCUACCAAGGUCGGAAGUCGCGUAUAUCAUGCCAGCUGUUAUGCCGAAGUGACCAAAGGCCCUGCACCGACGCGUCAGACGCGCACGACCACGCCUGAGUCGGUCCUAGGCAAAAGGAAAGCCGAAGGAACUGAAUCUCCGGGUCAGAAGACACGCGUCAAGACCGAGGCGGUUUGA